AGAAUUGAGCACCUAAACCAAACAAGCUGGCUUCCCACAAAAGGUCACUGACAUUAUAACAUUUAUAGUCGAUACAUAUUGUAGAAAAAACUAAAUAUCCAUUGUUUUUUUACCACAUGGUAUCCAAAUGUGGCAACUACACACGAGCCGUUAAAAUGGUUAUUUUUUAGAGAGAGUUUUAAAUCUGCCUGCUGCUCCUCCGCCUCCAGCUGUUGGUGUGAUGGUUUAUGGGAUGAGUGCAAAUAAGGCUUCCUGGGGGUAGAAGAAAAUAUGCUAUAGGGCAUAGACAAGAUUCUUCCCAAACUAAGUGCAGCUUUCUUUGCAUACUGAGCAGAGAAUUCUUUGAUGUGAUCCUGCAAAGACCGAGUGAUUGCUGUGUUGUUAUUACAUUACAUUACAUUAUAUUACAGCUGGAUCCUGUAAUAUUACUACAGAACCGCUGCCUUUCAGACUUUCUUGGUAUUCUUGACGCGUCUUUUGUCCCCGAUUAACAUGUUUUUAGUUUGAAAUGUAUCCCCAAAGUUAACCUAAGUUAAACCCAUGAACGUUUGUAUUUCUGUACUUGGGAGAAAUAACAAAAUAGACACAAUGGCGCUAGCCCCUAACCUUCACAUCUGCACGGCAAACCCUAAAACCCUAUAACCGAGUCCUUUGAAGAAGUGAGGGCCAUCCAACAUGUCCUCACUCUCAAGGUGUAAAACUCACAUUGGUCCUCACAAAGAUGGACAAACACACCUAUUGUCAGGACUGCAUUAAUUCACCAUACCCCUACUCUAAUCUUUACCCUUAUCCUAAAGUCCUUAGUCCAACCAGACUGUACGGUGGCCCUGAGAACUAAACACACUGCGACUGGAGAAAACACAUGAAAAUAGACAAAACACAAGAAAAUUAUAAAUAUCUUCACCAACUUGACACCAGCCAGUACAGAAAAACGGUGCAAAACUAAUGCAAAUUCAGAAAAUGCUGCAAGUAGCACGGACUGCAAAAACACCAGAAGAUACUAAAAUGUCAUGUACACCAGAAUUGGUUGCGUUUUCUGUUUUUAUCUGUGUUUCCUAAAUGCUGCAUACGUGUUGUCAAAUUGGUGAAGAUGUUCAUUUGCUUGUGUCUUAUCUAUUUGCAUGUGUUUUCUCAAGCUGCAGUGCAUUGAGGUCUCAGGGUCGCUGUCAAAACCCGUCUGUCUGAACGUCGUCAACGAUGCUUCUCACUGACAAAAACACACAAACACUUACUUGUGGUCACGGACCAUUUAGUAUCCAAACGUAAGGGAAGGAGGCGUUUGAGAACAUUUUCGUCCAAGUGAGGACGCAGAGAGCCGCAGAUCAUGGAGGGAAGUUUGAAGAAACUGCUUUUCUUCGGGACAUUUUCUAUCAUUAUGAAGAUCACACAACAGACAGGCUCCAUGUACUAUAUCCAUAAGUACAUCCUUAUCACUCACUUGGAAAUGAGCUGGACUGAAGCCCAGAGCUACUGCAGAGCGGAGUACGGUGACCUGGCCACCAUAUUUGACGAGCAGGACUUCACCAGGAUCAACGACAUGACCAGUGACUUGGACAGGCCCUUCUGGAUCGGUCUGUAUGAUGACAUCAACAGCUGGAAAUGGUCUCUGGUGGGUGAAGAUUUCUACGCAGACGUAGGGGACGACUACAGGAAGUGGCAGGAAGAUCAGCCAGACAACGUGGGAGCAGACGAGCGCUGCGUCUCCAUGACGCAAAAUGGCUUUUGGAGGGACAACAGCUGCACUGUUGUCAAAAUGCCUCUCAUCUGUUUCACUGUUGAUGAAGAGGAUCAAUAUGUGCUGGUAACCGAGCAGAAGAGUUGGUUUGAGGCUCAGAGCUACUGCAGGCAGCACCACACAGACCUGGUCAGUGUGAGGAGUCUGGCUGAGAACCAGGAGGUGAGCAGCAGACUGCAGACUGGGCAGGAGGCCUGGAUCGGCAUGCACAGAGACUCCUGGGAGUGGUCGGACGGCAGCAGCUCCUUGUUCAGAAAGUGGAGGGAGGACCAGCCUGACAAUGAAAACAACACUCAGGCGUGUGUUGGUAUGCAGAAAAAGGGAUGGAGCGACUCGAAAUGUGCCAACAAACUAAACAUUCUCUGCCAAGAAAUAACCGAAGUGACUCCAGUUCCAGCUGUGCAGAGGAGGACUACAGUGAAGGUGAAGCUGCUGACUAAAGCGGACCUCACUGAUCCGACCAUCAGACAUAACGUCUUACAGCAGUUUGAAGCAGCUCUUCACUCGCAGGGUUUUACUGACGUCAAGCUGCUCUGGAGGACUUUAAAGGAAGAGCCACAACCGACAGAGAGCGAUGCAUGUGGAGAGGAACUAACGAAGAACCUUGGGUGAGACUUUUUGCCCCUGAAUGGAACUGAGAGUGAAGAUUUGAGAGUUUUUUGCUUUCUUUUCUUCGUUUUUGUGGACUGAUUUGUGUUCUGUUUUAAUUAUCUACCUCAUACAGUACCCUGAAAUGUAGAGUGUGAAGCAGAAUUUAGUGUAGUAUUAUAUAUUAGAUAUUUGUCUUUUGUCAUCAUAAAUCUUUAAACAAAUUAUAUAAAACCCUUGUCUUGCCUUGAAUUUUACAUGCAGCUUGUUAGUUCACCAAUAAAAUUAAGGUUUCCACUUCA